GGAGGCUGCAGGGGCGCCGAUGCUGCAGGAGACCCGGCUCUCCAGAAAUACCGAAAGGCGGCUAAGUUUUGUUCAGAAUGCGCCCGUAAUCCACCGAAGGUCCGCGGAGAGCUGAAACCAAAGCUUCUGAUAAAAGCUUCGCUGUUUUUUCUGUUCCUGGAGAGCUCAACGCGCCCUGCCUCCAAAAAGAAAAAUGAUCGGGAGAGGACUGUUCGUUUUGACAUUACUGUCCAACUGCGCUCUGUCAUUGCCACUGACUCCAAGUCAGCUGGAGAAUGAGGACGUGAAGGUGAUGAGAUGCAUUGUGGAGGUGCUGGCGGAUGUGCUGUCAAGGGCCCACCCCAUGCCUGUCACUCAGGAGUGUUUGGGCACGCUGAAGACAGAUGACAGGCUUGUUUCUAUCCUUCGCCAUCAUAACUUUCUGAAGGAGCUGCAGGAGAUUGCUGUUCAAGGUGGUCUGGAGAGAGCUGAGCUGCAGAGAGACGCCGGUACAGCUGACCCAACGACGCCACCUCCUCAGACCGCGGGCGACGUGCCAGAUCGAUCGAUGUUGGAGGCUUUAGGAGGCCCCGGCGAAAGAUCCAUCCUGUCGCAGAAGAGGAGGACAGGAAACGGGGACGGAGAAGAAGAGAAGGACGAGAGCCUGGGAGGUGAAGAGUCACAGCAGGACGGCGACAUCGCUGAGGAGGUGGAGGUGAAGAGGGAAAGCGACGAGAGGCCAGGAAGCCACGUCUCUGAGUCUGUGGAUGAGUGGAGAGAUGCUGAGAAGAGGGAGGAAGAAGAAGAGGAAGAGAAGAGAGCAAAUUCAGAGGAAGAUUCAGUGGAAAACAUGACCAAGGAAAAGAAAGGUGCUGCAUCUGGUGAAAAGAGAGCUGCACGCAGAAACAAAUCAAAAGAGAAGAAGUCUGAUGAAGAAGACGAAGAGGAGAAAGACAAGAGAUCUGCACUUUUCUCACAUAAACAAGAGGAGAAACAGGAGGAUGAAGAGGAGACGAAGAGAGGGAGCAGGGAGAGCCUGAAGCGAUGGACCAAGAGGGGCAAGGCGCUGCCGCUGAAGAGGAAGGCGGCCGGCAAGGAGGCGCAGCAGGAAGUGCCACAUCAUUCGAAAGAGGUCUCAGAGGAAGAGGAGGAGGGGGAGGAGAAGAAAAGAGACGUGCAGAGGAGUCCAGAGGAGAAGGAGCUGCAGAUGAUCGCGAGAAGGGGACCUGAGGAGAGGAGGGGGAUGGAGGAGGAGGGGAGCGCCAGCCGGAAGUCAGAGGAGCCAGAGAUUGAAAGCCUGGCAGCCAUUGAGUCGGAGCUGGAAAACGUUGCCCAGAAACUCCAUGAGCUGCGACGAGGCUGAGAGAGAGAUUGGUAAAAAGUUGACACCGCAACCUCCUCUGCCUCCUCGUACUCCUCCGCUUUACCAGCUGCCUGGUUUCCACAGAUAGAGCGUGUGAAUAUGUGACAAGAUCUUAUCUUUUGCUAUUUUUCCGGAGGAUGCCCCCCUUGCACCACACUGCUGCAGACUCCCUUGUGACAUUCUGUCCUUCACAUAGAUUACCAUAUAGUAGAUGCACACUGCAGCUAGACAUGCAUACUAAAAACAUAGAGACACACGAGUUCUGUGCAUUCAGACACACAGCAAAGGCUCCUGAAGGAAAACUCUUUCUGUCAGUGACGGUCGGCAGCUUGUUUUCUCUGACAAUCAUCUCUCCCUUUCUGCAAAUGUAUCUCGCCUGCUUUUCUAAUUAUUUUAACACUGAACAUUGAUUUAUGUGAGGCAGAUCCAGGUACACACAAACACCAACAAGGUGAGGUUGUACAGUAACGGCAUGUAUACAUGUACAAAGCUCUUUCUGGGAUGCUAACUUACUUUAGAGGGAGCAGAAGAAGAACACAUAGAUGCUUAUUUAUCAUAGAGACAGUCAAGCCAAGGCAAUAAUUGAAGAUUUUUAAGAUUAAUGGCGGGAUUGUAAUCUUAAACUGUACUCAAUUUAUGUAAGAAAACCAAUAAAUUGAAUUGGGUUUAUCUGGGAAUCUCUGUUUUGGGAAAUUCUUUAAAUGCCUUUAAAAUCAAAUGAAUAUUUACAGAAUUUGAGAAAUAAUGCAAUAAACUCAGCAUACUAA